GGCUCUUUCUCGCCAGACCGCGCGGCGCUCGACAGUGCGCAGGUGUGACUCCCGACCCUGCCGGACCCGACCCGACCCGACCCUGCCGGAACUGACCUAAACCAGCCCCGACCCUGCCCGACCUUACCUAAACCAGCCUGGAUCCUCUCUGACCUGACCCGGACCGGCCCGACUUUGCCCUGUCCCGACCCUCCCUGACCUGACCCUGCACGACCAGACCUUAUCCCAGCCCUGUCUGACCUGACCUACCCCAACUCUCCCUGACCAGGCCCUGACAGGCUCGACCUGACCUUGCUCUGUAAACUACAACUUCAAUCCCGGCUCUAAUCAAACCUAACUUGACUGACUUUACCUAACCUGACUUGACUUGCCUUCCCCCCGAUUCCACCUAGCGUUCGAACGCGGGCCAUACUUUGGUGAGAGCGUUACACAGGGAAGGAAGAGGUGGUGCGUCAACUAAAGGAUCUACUGGCCCAUGACACCAGGUGAAUUGCAGUGAUGACCUCCAAGCUGCGUCGACCAGCCCUCUUUGGCUAUGACGGAGGACUGGGACCCGUGGUGGACCACUACUACCCUAGCAGGCCGUGUGUGAUGGAGGUGGGGAUCCCCGCCGGCUACGUCCCCGCCGGGAAGCACGCCGACACCAUGCUGGACAGCAAGACGGCCAAGUCCUCCAAGGCGGUGAAUUUCGAGGACGGAGACAGUCGGAUGGACGGCCGUAAGAAGUAUCUGACGGCCAAGUACGGAGCUCACCAGAUGGCGCUCAUCAGAAAACGACUCGGAGUCGAGAUGUGGCUUCUGGACGAGAUGGCCAAACUGUACGACAACUGCCAGCCGAGUGACCAGGCAGAGCUGGAUCUGGAUGAACUACUCGACAUUGACGGCACCAGCCACCGGAGGGCCUACCUACAGCGACUGCUCGGUGACGCCAGCGCCGCCCCGCGGACGCAGGUCGAUGCGUUCAUCGAGGAGCUGCUCGUACAGGCGGACACCCUGUGAUUGGUCGGUGUCCUGCUCACGGUGACAGCAUCACCGCAGACGAAAGCAAGAGUGAACAGACACGACCGCCCUUCAUGGAGCGGUCCGGAUCGGAACGCCAGCGAACCGCGGUGAUCUCACCGAGAGAACGAGAUCCAUGGGGAAAUCCCGCCGAGAGGAUAGCGAUCCGGUUUAUCCAGCUACCACAGAGGUGAUUAAAGGGACAGGCAGUGGUCUCAAUCACUCGGAGCAGUUGAGGUGACGUCACGAAGGAGACGUACUGUUCCGCAUGACCGUGACCCUAACAAGAAGAGGUCAUGACCCCGAUAAUCUGAGGUCGUGACCUGCUAUGACCGUACACGUGCCCGACAGAUAAGAUUGUGAGAGUUGUGUGGUGCUCCAUCGGUAGAACCGUACCGUUUUGUUAGUGUUAUCUUGUGUAGUGACGUUGGUGGUCUAACAACAACGCGAGGCUUCGCGAUGCCCCGUGCGGCUACGAGUUUUGUGCGCUUAUUGGCAGAGUAAGAUUGACGAGGUAAAUGGUUAUAGCGAGGUAGAGUUCACAGCGUGUAUCAAAGCAGAAUGUCCAUUGUCCAAGAGUGUAUAAUACGCAUACGAAUGGGGCAUGUGAAGUGUGCUUUAGAUGUACGAAAGUUUUAUGUCCGUGACACGCUGUAGGACAGAGGAAUGCGCUCCCUUUCUACGGUAUCCGAUGAGCAAAUUUGUUGCCGUGGAGACUAGAAGCGUAGACGCCGGAAAAA